CCCAUCCCACCUGGAAUCUACGCCACUGGGUCUGAUCAUUUUCAUGCAAUUGAAAGAAAAAAGUAUAUAAGGUCCUUUGCAGCUACAUUUUCUACAGAGUAAUAAUAUAAAGUUUAGUGUUUGCUUUGAAAAACUUCAUAACUUGAAAAUGGUAGAUGCAUUCUGUGGCACGUGGAAACUAGUUGAGAGUGAGAAAUUUGAUGAGUACUUGAAGGCUAUAGGUGUUGGUUUUGCAAUAAGACAAGUUGCAAAUAUGACUAAACCGACCUCCAUCAUCUCAAAAGAGGGAGACAAAGUUGUGAUAAAAUCACAGAGUACUUUAAAGGACACAGAGCUCUCAUUCACACUGGGUGAGGAGUUUGAUGAGAUCACUGUAGAUGACAGACACUGCAAAUCUACUAUGGUUAUGAAUGGAGACCAGCUUAUUCAUGUCCAGAAGUGGAACGGAAAAGAGACCACCUUUGUCCGGGAAAUCAAGGAUGGGAAGAUGGUCAUGACACUCGCCUUUGGGGACGUGGUGUCUGUGCGCACUUAUGAAAAAGCAUAAGGUUUGGGAAUAUUGUCAGGAUUUGUACUUCUUCACUGGGCUGCAACAAAUAAUGUGCUUUUAUGUUUUACUGAAAUCAGAAUGAGUUUUACCUUUUUAGUCAGUAAGGCUCAUUUGUGAACAUGUGAAUCAAUUUAAUAAAGAAUCAGAA